CUGGGGCCUAAGCCCUAGACGUCUACUCAGGGCUCAGGGUUCUCACAGUCGCGUCGUCUUGGAUCCGUCCUGAUCCGCCUCCUCGGAAGGCGAAGCCCUGCACCACCCCGACAUGGCGCCUGAUCACGGUUCCUUCGGGCUUGGCGCUCUGAUCUGCGCGUUGAUGCUCAUCUGCCCGACCGCCAGUAUCCGGCCGAUCUCCGAUGCUCAUAGAUCCGCGGCGCUCGAAUUGUUCGUGCCAGUCGAUGGGCUGUUUCCGAGCUUGGAGGAGACUUAUCAUGCAUUAAGGACAUUUCUGAUUCUUGGAGUUGGAGAAACUUCUGAAAUAAAUCGUGCUACAUGUCCUGUUGUCUUGGAGAAACUUAAAUCACCAUCUUCAAGUCCUAAGGGCUUUUAUGACGCUCUCAGAGUGAACAGCAUCUUAGGAUGCCAGAUCGGUUCUGAAACUCUUGAGGAUGUUGCAUCGCAACUCCGGGAUUUGAUAAAAGGUGCAGACUCAUUGAUGGACUUCUAUUACUCCGUCAUUGGCUUGCUUCAUGUCAAGGGACAAGGUGUUAGCGCUGUUCUAUCUGAUGCUCAAGGAGUUUUCCAUUCGAUCAAGGCACUUAGCCAAAGUGAUGGAAGAUGGCGGUUUGAUAGCAACAAUGCUGAAUCUAGCACUUAUGCUGCCGGUAUUGCACUUGAGGCCCUUGCUGGAGUUGUUUCAUUGGCAGAUGGAGAGGUGGAUCAAUCAAAGAUUGGAAUUGUCAAACAUGAUAUUGUGAAGCUAUUUGAUAGCAUCAAGAGCUAUGAUGAUGGAACCUUGUACUUCCACGAAAAACACAUUGAUGGUAGUGAAUACGAAGGCCCUCUUGCAACAACGGCCUCAGUCGUGCGUGGUGUUGCUUCUUUUGCGGCAGUAGUUUCUGGGAAGCUAAAUAUUCCUGGGGACAAAAUCUUUGGCAUAGCAAAGUUUCUUCUCACCAUUGGUGUUCCUGGUAUCUCCAAAGACUUCUUCAAUCAGAUAGACUCACUAUCAUACAUUGAAAACAACAGGAUCUCUAUUCCUCUUAUUCUUUCACUUCCAUCUACUGUUCUUUCUUUAACCACAAAGGAUCAACUUAAGGUUGAGGUGACGACAGUAUUUGGUUCAGCUGCACCUCCAUUAACAGUGAAUCUUGUGCAGACCUCCACUUCCGAGGUGAAGAACACCCCUACGGUUGAGAACCAGGAGUUGCAAUUUGACCAAGAAAACAACAUCCAUUACUUGGAUAUUGUACCUCUGAAAAUUGAUAUCGGAAAGUAUACGUUAAAGUUCGAGAUUUCACUUCAUGACCCUGAGAACUUGAAUAUCUAUGCCACUGGUGGCCGUAUGCAAUAUCUUGUUUUUCUAACAGGAUAUGUCAAAGUGGACAAGCCUCAAAUUGGCGUUUUGGAUACUGAUGGUGAAUCCUCUGCAAGCUUGGUAAAAUUAGAUUUCUCCAAGCUUGACAAAGUUUCACUAGUAGCAAAUCAUCUUCAGAAGAUGCGCUUGAGCUUUCAACUUGUCACUCCUCUUGGACACACUUUUAAGCCACAUCAGGUAUACAUAAAGCUGAGGCAUGAAAGCAAAGUUGAACACAUCUUUCAAUUGGAGAGUUCUGCCAGGCAGUAUAAGAUACAACUUGAUUUCCUUGCACUCCUGGAACAAAUUUAUUACCUUUCUGGUAGAUAUGAGAUUGAACUUGCCAUUGGAGAUGCCGCUAUGGAGAACUCAUUCCUCCACAUCCUUGGCCACAUUGAUUUGACCUUACCAGAUCCACCAGAGAAGGUGUCACGUCCUCCACCACAAUCUGUUGAUCGAUACUCAAGAUUUGGGCCAAAGCAGGAGAUAUUACACAUAUUCCGGACUCCAGAGAAGAGACCACCAAAGGAGCUCUCUUUUACAUUUUUGGGUUUUACCCUUUUACCACUUGGAGGGUUUUUAAUAGGGUUGCUAACUCUGGGAGUAAACUUGAAGGGCUUCCCUUCCUCAUCAUUCCCUGCUUUGUCGUCCAUACUCUUCCAUGCUGGCAUUGCUGCUACUCUGCUACUCUACGGCCUCUUUUGGUUGAAGUUUGAUCUCUUUACAACUCUGAAGCUCCUUGGUCUUCUUGGAGUUUUCCUCGUCUUCACAGGUCAUCGGACUCUCUCGUACCUUGCUUCAACGUCGACUAAAACCAAGACAAAUUGAGAAUAAUACAAGUGCCCAGCUUCAAAUAGUCAGUUCUAUCAGUCUUGUAUUUGAGGAUUAUUUAAACAGUGACUUUGUUCUAGUAAAGUUAAUACAUGAGCUUGACCUGUUUAGAUUUCUAUUAGCAAACAAUUGUAUCAUUUUUUUUUUCUGGGAGCAUGUCAGCAAAUUUUGUUUUACGAUGAACGGAUCAUCAAUUCCAUCUACUUUCAUGCU